AUGUCGUUUGGCGAAGAGCUUCGCUCGCGCAAUUUCAGCAUCUAUGGCCAAUGGUCGGGUGUGCUGUGUAUUAUCCUGUGUCUUGCGCUCGGGAUUGCCAACAUCUUCUCCUUCAACGCAGUUCUGAUUAUCAUCAGUAUCUUGUCCAUCUGCUCGGCAUUCAUCAUCCUCUUCAUUGAAGUUCCCUUCCUUCUUCGAAUCUGUCCCACCUCGUCCAAAUUCGACUCCUUCAUCCGCCGCUUUACCACCAACUGGAUGCGCGCCGCUGUGUAUGCCGUCCUGAGUGGCAUCCAAUUCGUCAGUCUUUGCGAAAGGGCGUCGAGCUUAAUUGCUGGCGCUGUUUUCCUUAUCAUCACAGCGAUCUUCUAUGCCCUUGCAGGCAUCUCGAAACAGGAGUUUGUUGGCAGCAAGACCCUGGGUGGUCAGGGAGUUGCGCAGAUGAUUGUCUAA